AUGCAUCAAGAACUCUAAAAGUUGGAAUAAAUGAAUAAUUAAGAGUUAGAAUUGGUGAAGUAGGUUUAUGAAUAAAAGGUAAAUCCGUUUUUAAGUAUUUUGAGAUAGUAUAUUUAAAUACGAGAAUUUACAUGCUCUCAAAAGAACUGGAGUAAAAAACGUUUGAAGUAUCAAAGAUAAAAAGGAGUUAAAUUAUUGUUUAAGAGGAUCCAAUUCAAGAAGAUAACUUAAUAGAAUUAGAGAGAGUGAAAACUUAGGAUUUAAUUAAUGAAACCAUAGAAAAUAUGGAGUAAGAGUUAUCUGAAGUGAAAUCAAAGUAUUCAAAAGAAUUAUCAGAGUUAUAAAUAUAGUUGUGGAAAAGAGAUUUGAUGAUAGAGUAAUUAAAUAUCGAAAUAUAAAUGUAUAAAAAUUGUUAAAAUUAAAAUCUCGACAAAAUGAAAGUGGAUUAUCUCUCGUAAUUGAUUGAGAUAGUUUAGGAUAUCUAAAUAUAAAUUUAACAAUGA